AACACACCCGUACGGUUAGUUACAAUGCAACCGUUACAAUUAUUGGGCAUCGGAGCUAUAUUGCUCUGGAGUUGUGGGAUCCUGGUGGAUGGAGCUACGGAGUGUCCUAAAAGACCCUAUCGUGUGGUGUGUUACUUGGCAAGCUGGUCUAAUUAUCGCGAAGGCAGUGGAUCGUUCAACGUCUCGUACAUAGUUCCGGAUCACUGUACGCACUUGGUGUACACCUUUGCAGGGUUAAACAUAGGCGGUGGAAUCGAUUCCCUCGAUUACUACAACGAUGUGAACGUGAAUAAGGGCUAUUCGAAGGUUGUAGCCUUGAAAGAGGAGAAUCCAUGUCUGAAGGUGCUGCUCGCGAUCGGUGGAUGGAACGAGGGUUCGGAAAAGUAUUCCCUGAUGGCCGAACGUGAGUCAACGCGGGAGGCUUUUGCUGACCAGACGCUGCGCUACUUGGUUCACUAUGGAUUCGAUGGACUGGACGUCGACUGGGAGUAUCCUACGAUGCGCGGUGGACUUCCGGAGGAUCGAGAAAACUUUCUCCUACUCAUCCAAACACUAAGGAGCAGGUUCGCCCGGCGCAAGAAGCUUCUGACUGCGGCCAUAAGUGCUUCCAAGCAGAUACUGCAGGCUGGAUACGAUCUGCCAAAGCUGUGUGAAGAGCUUGACUUUAUCAACCUUAUGACCUAUGACUACUCUAGCGAGGUUAAGGCCACACUGGAUGCUCCACUCUAUGGCGAUUCGUCUACUGGAGAAACGAUUGACUCAACGAUCACUUACAUCAGCAAAAGUGGCUGUCCAAUGGAAAAGUUCUCGCUGGGCAUUACAACCCACGCCAAAACGUACACCGUCGUGCCGGCUAGGCUCAUGGCACCAGGGAUCAAAGCGGUUGGGCCGGGCGCACCGGGACCCUACACACGCAGUGCUGGUUCGCUGGGGUACAACGAGGUGUGCGAGAUGUUAAAGCCGAACAGUACCGCUCCCAGCCAGUGGGUUGUCAAAUCGAUGGCGCAGAAUGCGGUGAAGUACGCGUACCGGGACGAUCAGUGGAUAACGUUCGACGGUAUUGAAACGAUCGGUACGAAGGUGAAGUACGCGAUGGACAAAAAGCUCGGUGGCAUCAUGUUUUGGACGAUCGAUACGGACGAUUUUCAGGGCGACUGCCAUAACGAGGCGUACCCGUUGCUGCAAACCGCUCUGAGGAUGUUGGGAUAUGGGAAGAAGACGCGAGCAUAAGCUGAGCUCUGCAUAAAUAGUUUAACAAUAAAAAUAUUGGCUCAUGAAUGAAGGAGAAGGCAAUCGGAAAUA